AUGUCGAAUCCAACUAAAGGAAUCUUUUCAGUACCUAAGAAAGACGAAUAUGUGCCAAAACCAACUGAUGGACAAAGAAAUUUAAGAUUUGGUAUGCCUGGUGUUGCUGCAACUGAUCCUGAGCCAAUUUCUGAUUUCAGCAAUGUACCAGAGAAAGAUGAAGUGAGAAUUCACGGUGAAGGUAUUUCACGAGCAGAAGAAGAUCGAAAUAUCGCAGAAUUAAAAGCAUUAGUGCGUGAAAGAGAAGAGCAAGAAUGUAAAGAAAGAGAAGACCAUAAACCUGGACCUCAGUCUGCUAACAUUGCAUCGGCAUUAGGCAAAUAUGCAACAGCAGUUGCCCAAGAACGUUUGGAAAACCCUUCAGAUCUUACUAAUUCACAAUAUCUUCCACCCAUUCAACACCCUGACGAGAAGGAAUUAUUAAAUCGGCUGAAAGAAGAGGCCAGAACACGUCAGCGUAUUGAAAAUUAUGAAAUGGAGGCAACUGUAAAAGGCGGUGUGGCUGCACAUGUUAGAUCAGCUGCCGAUAAACUUGCAAAUGAUUUGAAAACUCAUUAA